AUGAACACAGUGUCUCAUGCUCACCUAGAGAAGAAUCCUGAGCAGUUCUGGGCUGGUAGCAGCGGUUGGUCGGCAGCGGAUUGUAAGGGUUGCUGGGAGGGUAAAGGGAUCCUGGCUGCCCAAGGGGACCAGCUGGGGCGAACAAACGGGGCCUGGGUGGGUACUGGCUUUGGCCCUAUCUCAGGCAGGAUGGUGAAUUUGGAAUCCAUGCACACAGGCUCAGUGCAUGGCGGUGCCGACGAGCCUGUGUGCAUAUUCUGGCCUGGGUCUGUGUCCUUUGUGGGAGCUGAUCGGAGCCACGGAUUAGGGGAGAACAUGCACAUGGGUCUGUGGGAUAUCAAGAUGAAUGGGGAUGUAGCAGAUUCCACGGACACUCGAAAUGCCCUUAGCCAGGUGGAGACAGGAAGUGAUCGAAAUGGCCUGGACUUCAACAGACAGAUCAAAACUGAAGAUCUCAGUGAUUCCUUGCAGCCACCACUAUCACACAGGCCCUGCCAUCUGUCUCAAGGACCUGCCAUGAUGUCAGGAAACCAGAUGCCUGGGGACAUGGCUUCCCUCCAUCCUCUCCAGCAACUUGUCCUGGUUCCCAGCCACCUACAAUCCGUGUCACAGUUCCUGCUGUCUCAGUCACAGUCUGGGCAACAAGGUCUACAGUCCAAUCUUCUCCCAUUUCCUCAACAACAAAGCAGUUUCCUCCUCCCACAGACUGGACCUGGCCUAGCAUCUCAGGCAGUUGGUCGCCCUGGGCUGCCAGGAUCAUCCUUAGACUCCCAUCUGGAUGUGUCACAACAUAUUCAGGUCUCCAAACAUUUGCCCAACUCUGGAGGGCCAGAUGAACCCAGUGACCUGGAGGAAUUAGAAAAAUUUGCCAAGACCUUCAAGCAGAGACGCAUCAAGCUCGGCUUCACUCAGGGUGAUGUAGGGCUGGCCAUGGGGAAGCUGUAUGGCAAUGACUUCAGCCAGACCACGAUCUCUCGAUUUGAGGCCCUCAAUCUGAGCUUCAAGAACAUGUGCAAGCUCAAGCCACUCCUGGAAAAGUGGCUCAAUGACGCAGAAUCCUCUCCUUCAGACUCCACAGUGAGCACCCCCAGCCCUUACCCCUCCCUCAGUGAGGUUUUUGGUCGGAAAAGGAAGAAGAGGACCAGCAUCGAGACUAAUAUCCGUCUGACUCUGGAAAAGAGGUUUCAAGAUAACCCCAAGCCCAGCUCAGAGGAGAUCUCCUUAAUUGCUGAACAACUCUCCAUGGAGAAGGAGGUGGUUCGGGUAUGGUUCUGCAAUCGGCGCCAGAAAGAAAAGAGAAUCAACUGCCCCAUGGCCACCCCCAUGAAGUCGCCCAUCUACAACUCGAGGCUGGUUUCUACUACAGGGUCCCUUGGCCCCCUCUCUGUUACUCCUGUUCACAGCACCAUGCCUGGAGCAGUAACGUCAUCCUGUUCCCCCGGGAACAACAGCAGACCUUCUUCUCCUGGCUCAGGACUCCAUGCCAGCAGCCCCAGUGUAUCUCAGACUCACUCAAAAGCAUCAGUGAAUUCCAGUUUUAACACUUCUGGAUCUUGGUACCGAUGGAACCACCCCACCUACCUCCAUUGA